AUGCCACGUGCGCAUCAUGUGUCACAUCGCUUGUUCGACAUGGUUGACAGUUACGCUGCGCGGUUGCCCGUUCACGCCGCGUCUCCUGUGUUUGCCGUUGCACCUGCUCAACGGAAUCCUCACACGCUCAAUCUGCUGGGCACUUAUGCAACGUCCACCCCAGUUACAGCUGCCACCUGCCUGACUUUUAGACCCCGAAGAGGGCGGCGCACCGAUAUCCCACCGGAGCAGCGCGAACAAACACGCCGGAUGAAAAAGCAAAACCUGGAGCGUCGACGUCGUGCGUGUAUAACGGACAAGCUGAAUGCGUUGCACACUUUGGCGAUGAAGCUUAUUGGUUUAGAUCCAAAUGAACGCCAGAAAGCAGAGAAGGCUGACAUUCUGACGACAUGCUAUAAGGUACUCGAGGGCAUUGCGGAGGUCGCGCGUGAGAAGCCAGAUCUACAGUCAAGACUGAACCAACUUCGUUCGCAAAUUCCAGAACUAGCAAUUGUCCCUACUUCGUCGCAGGAUGAAGCCAACCAAAGCAGCACAUACUUCGCAAACGAGGAGAACGAUUCACUUUUUGGAAUUAGUCCAGCAACCAACUCCGGAGAUGGUGAAAACCGACCUCCAAUCGCACGUUUUGUAGUUCGGCGCUCAAUUCGCUCGCCGGCAUUCCCUGGGUCGGACGAUUAUCUGCUUCACAGCGUCGCGAAUCCUCCGAAUGAAUGUGACACUUUCACUUCAUGCAGUUUGUCAGACAGCGGAGUGUACAGCCCACAAUGUGGUGUGUCGGAUUUAACAGAAGUGACGCCCACCGACUUGCGACACCCUCAUAUCUCCGGCCAACAUUUCCGGUCCCGGCGUUCAGGCGCUGCCCAAACAGGUUCGCUUGUAGCUGCAGUUCAUCCACCCCCUCGUUUCCAGACGCCUUUACCGUCACCAAGCUGGAAGCACCCAAUGCGAUCAAUGGAAAAUCUACCAAUUCCUUCCUCAUCGACCGCCUUUAAGAGAAUCAACACCAAAGACUCGAGUGGUGCCUCCUCAGUUUGGAGACCGUAUCUCUAACUUUUAUCUGGGGCUCACCUGAUGUACCAUUUGUUAAAUGCCCUCACUGUAUAUACCUACUCUAUUUUGCUUCUGAUGGCCGUGAUUUGAAGAAAG